GCCUGAGUUCACCACCCCUAGGCGUGCAGGUUUAGGACGCGGUGUGGUUAUGUCAUCACUUUCAACAAUAUACACAGAAACUACGACGUCUCAAGCUUUCCUGGCGAGACAGUUUUCUUAAAGAAGUGUCCUCAACAAGAUGGCGGCCGCAGGAGGGAACAAUGCUGCCCAUCAGCGCAUGCGCGGACAGGAGUUCCUGGUAUGCGGGAUCUGUCUGGAUCACUUUACCCUGCCGAAAAUCCUGCCAUGCGCACACACCUUCUGUCAGGCCUGUCUUGAGACGUACGCUGGGAGAAGAAGGUUUAUCUACUGUCCGAACUGCCGGAGAGUGGCGGAGCUGGACUCCGCGUCCGGCGUGCGGGGGCUGCCGGGUAAUUUCUGGGUCACCAACCUACGUGACGUCAUAGCAGAACGAGACAGCGAGAACCCAGAUGUCAAAGGUCGUCUCCAAGGCAACCGAUGCAAGCUCCACCCAGGCGAGCAGUGCCGCCAUUUUUGUCAGGACUGUCACGUGCCCGUGUGUGGGGAGUGUCUCUUCUCGGCGCACAACGGGCAUGCGCUGGAACGGCUGGAGAGGGUGCUAAACGAGGUGCGACAGGAGGUAAAAUCUCUUAUAUCAUGCCCAUGCACUGUAUGAGGAUCCAAACUGUUCAUUUUCGACCAUUCAUUUGGUCUUCUUCACACCCCUGUCACAUUAUUCACGAUCUUCGGGCGUAUCGAUGGAAGAUCGGCCAUAUUUAAGAUCGACAGAGG